AUGGCAUCCAUAGCUUCCUCCGGGCGCUCGGCUGCUGGGGCUAGCGAGACAGGCAGCACUGCUCCGGUGCUCGAAUUCCUCUGCCUCUUCACCCACGACUUGAAAAGGAAGCAAAAGAGAUGGCAGGAUGGCCACCUCAAGUAUCACACCUUCAACAAGCGCGUCAUGGUCUACGAUGACCGCGGAAACUAUGUUGGUGAUAUGCACUGGCGUCGAGAUUGGGAUUUUGACGAGGGCGAAGAGAUCGAGCUGGAAAGGGGCGGCGUCAUCGUCCAGGUUGCCGAAUGUGUGGCACGUCAGCAACAAGAUCUCUCGGAACUGAUAGACAAACGGGCGAAGGAGAAGGAGCAGCGCCAGGCACAGAUAGCAUCACGACCAGCCCGCCCUGUUCCCGCACAUACGCCCCUCCGAGUCACUCCCAGGAACAACGCCCAACAGGAUCACUUCCAAACUCGACACCGACGCCUGAACCAGCUUCUUGGCACCCCGAUAGGCCAUCACGGUCGUGCUCUCGUGCCCAACGAAUCGCCUUUUGAACAGCGACACAAUGUCGAGGAAUCCAACGAUGGAGCUGACAGUUCUAGGCCAUCAAAGAGGAGACGAUAUGAAGACACACCUCCGAGCAAGAUGGGAUAUGCUCAGAGUUUGUUCGGCGCGCCAUUGGUUUUGUCAGGGGCACCUGCGAGCUCGGCACCCUUGCGGCGUCCCGUAGCGUCCAAGGUUCAGAGUAGACGUGAACCCUCUCCACCACAAGAGGUUGAGUCUCGGCAGCUAGAGGAAAGUAUCGCGCCCAUUCCAACGACUCACACUAUGCUCUCCAAUCGGACGACAGUCCCAAGAGCCGAGGGCGUGUCACGACCGACACCACCGGUCAAAAAGAACAUUCCAUCGCCUGAAGAGAGUCUGUUCGUGAGUCAAGAGGACCACUGUGAUUCUGCUCAAGGAGGGUUGGAUCAUGAUGACCAGAAACACCAAGCAGCGGACCUUAAUACCAGGCCAUAUGGGCGUUCGAGUUCCUUCGGCGAAUCCACUACAACCGAAGCGGCAUAUAAUACCAAGCGCCCACCAGUUGCCAAAGGAAAGGGCAUAUUGCUCUCGAACAAUGGAAAGAGCUCGGCGUUGCUCAACAACAACAUGAGUAGUAACUCUACGCGAUCUCUUUUGACAUCUUCCAAGAAGGUCACACAGCCAAUCGUCCUUGACGACGAGGACGACGACGAUGAUAAUGGAAUUGAGGGGGGCUCGGAUGAACGCAGGAAGGUCUCUCCGCCUCCCAGAACAGUCACUGGGGGCAAAUCUAAACGUGCCGCUCCCGUUGCAGAGGAGGCGCAAGGGAACAAACGCAAAAAGACUACAUCCACAAAGAAGCCCCUCGUCGACAAGGGACCUGGACAAAAACCACACAACGGAUCAGGUUCAGUGAUACCUCAAGAUGAGCCGAUGGCGGAACUCAAGAUCAAAUCUCGGCAGAGGCGUGGUUUAUUGGUAUUGUCGGAGAAACCAAAGAGAGCAAAACGUCCACCAAAAAGCCCUAGUGAUGAAUUUACAACUGGGUCCGUGGAGGAGCGUACAAGUGCUAAGAUCGUGGACGAAUCCGACAACUUGACUUUUGAUCAACCAGAGACCUGUCCAACUGUUCCCGAUGACUCGGAUGAUGACCCUUUUGCUUCUCCAAUGCCUGUCAUCGACGGCAUUUUGUCACAAAAGGGCAAAUCCCAAGCUAGGGAUCGAACUGAAGGUUUUUCAAAGUCAGAAAGACAUCAGCCCGUCGCGAAUCAAGGUCUAGGCGGAGCUUCCGCUGCCGCCACGGAUUCACGGACAAGCCCAGCAAGGAAGAAGCGGCAACAGAAUGGCCAAGAUUUAGUGAGCGCCUCCGACUCCAGCUCAACAUCACACAGUCUGCAAGUUGCCCAGAAAAGAGAGAAAACCCAGAAGAAGCGAGUCAAGGCCAAAAAGAGCUCUGUACCUCCCGAACCCGAGAACAACGUACGGGUCGAAGUAGAGAGGGAAAGGGAAGAUGAGGAGAUAUUGAGAUACCCACGGAGGCGUAGAACCGCUCGAAGACCAGCGUUGCUGGAGAUCAGCGAUGAGACCACAAGUCACAAGUCUGACUCGGCUGAAGCCAGCACCGAUGAAGAGCUACCUCAAGUUCCCGUUGGUCCACGCUUAGCCAAACUCGCCAGGAAAGGCAUCAAGAGCAGAGAGGUUAUUGGGUUCGUUCCAUCUAGCUCUCCGAUCAUCAGCAUGUACGAACAAGCCGAGCCAGUCCCUAGCCAUCCGACAGGAGAGUCUCGCUCAGUGGCUGAGGAAAGCCCAACUACGUAUAACAACACGAAAGAUCACGUUACGCCAAAGAGCGCGAAUGUAACCAUGGCCGAAGACAACGCAGAGCGCGCUGAGAAGACCACAUCGACGUUGCCGCUCCCUGCUUCCGAAAAUGGGGUUGAUGACGCUUCCCCAAAACAACCCAAAGGGGUUUCCGAACAGAUCUCACCGGCAGCGACGAGUAGCGGCAGCAACAACGUCACUGAUGGAGACGACCCCGCGGCAUCAAUCACGGAUAAACAACCGCCUGGCAACGAAUUAAACGAUCACAGCACCAACGACGUCGCCAAAGGAAGUGGCAACGUCUCGGCCAAUAUUGCGGCAUCAGCCACAGUCCGUAAUCACAAACCACAGCCGGUCCAACAGAUCAAGGAACCCCCAUUACCUGUGCCAGAUCAGGCAGGCCGUAGUGACGGGUCAGGAACCAAGGAACCUCAAGCGAAGGGCGAUACGGCAAUGUCACCAUUACACAACUCUCUUGUGGAGGACAAAUGCCAAACUGGUAUUGCCGAUAGUGUUCCGGUUCCACUAGAUGCUCCUGCAAAACCAACACCACCCGUAGACAACUCAUCCAACCAAGUCGUCUCAGCGCGGAUCAUAAAUCCGGCUACAAGGGGUCGCAAAGCAGCACUGAAAUCUCAUGCAAAAGGCCAGGUACCGCAGUCUAUUCUACCGGCUGAGCCCCCUCCAGAGCGUAUAGUGCCACGAACCCGCGAGUUAUUGAGACGUGAAGCCGCUGGGUCCGGCCCUGAAGAACGGCCAAGGAGGAAGAUGACCUUUCCAGGCUUCACUUCUGCUCGACAAGGCGGUCCCUGGAGCAGAGAGGCACAUGACCUGUUGGAAACAGGGCGGCCGGCUUGA